AUGACCAAGGAAGUCAAUCUUACCCCCUUCAGUAGCCCCAGCCCCCUCCUCGCCCACCAGUACUGCCACCACCCCCUGGCCACAGCCGCCGCCGUCGAUCCAUGCCACUUCGUCCUCUCCUUCACCGAUCUGUCCUACAGCGUCAAGGAGCCUCGCAGCUUCCCGUUCUUCCGAAAGAAGAACAAUGAAACACGGCCGGAGUCGCUCCGCGGAACCAGGAAGCUUUUGGACUCCAUCUCCGGCGAGGUGAGGACGGGCGAGAUCUUGGCGGUGCUCGGCGCUAGCGGUUCCGGGAAGACCACUCUCAUCGACGCACUGGCGAACCGCAUCGAGAGGGCUAGCCUCCGAGGAUGCAUUACGCUCAACGGCGACAGACUCGAGGGCCGCCUCCUCAAGGCGAUAUCGGCAUACGUGAUGCAAGACGACCUCAUGUUCCCAAUGCUCACCGUCGAGGAGACCUUGAUGUUCGCGGCCAAGUUCCGGCUACCUCGCUCGGUUUCGGCAUCCAAGAUGAAGGAGCGCGUGCAAGCGCUCGUUGAUCAGCUCGAUCUCCGGUCGGCCGCGAAGACCAUCAUCGGCGACGAAGGUCACCGCGGCGUGUCUGGGGGUGAGCGCCGCCGGGUGUCCAUCGGGACCGACAUCGUUCACGACCCCAUCAUCCUCUUCCUGGACGAGCCCACGUCGGGGCUUGACUCCACGAGCGCUUUCAUGGUGGUUCAGGUCUUGCAGAGGAUCGCUCGCAGCGGGAGCAUGGUGAUCAUGUCAGUGCACCAGCCGAGCUACCGAAUCCUUGGCCUCCUAGACCGCCUCAUCUUCCUCUCGCGCGGCCAGACGGUGUACAGCGGGCCCCCGCAAGGCCUCCCGGAAUUCUUCGCCGUCUUCGGCAACCCAAAAGAAGAAACAUCCUCCUGCCCAAAUCCUUGA